AGCGUGUGGCAACGCUGAGCAUAAGUUUUUCAGCCAACCAGCGAUUACCGACGGCUCCAAGAAAAUUGUUAAAAUAAACGUGUUUAAAGUGCAUCUAACCAUAUAAAUCAAUUGAAAAAGUGCAAUUAAAUGAACAAUACAGCAAGUAAUCAAUAAUACAACGCUGCAAAUACGCAACAAGUACGCACAAAUUGCCAACGAAAAUAUAUCAAAAAUAUUUUCUUCGCAUUUUGCCUCGCGUCGCCGUAGAGUUUAUGCAUUGGUAUUGGUGAGCGCAGGCCUCUAAGGUGUGCGUGUAACAGAGAGGGAGAAAGAGAGCGUGAAAGUGGGAGUGAGAGAGGAAGCGAAGAAAGGGUGCUCCGCUGGCAGCGAGUGUUGGUUUUUGUGUGUGUAUGCUCAGUGUGUCCACAUUUCUAUAUUAUAUGCAUAUUUUGGCGCUAGCAAAAGAAGGACCAACUAAUUGAGUAAUGAGUGUCGCUGCAAUGACUAUGGACGAUCAGAGACCCUUGAUGAACAGUUACGAUAAAAUGCCAACAACAAAAUAUGAUCCAAAUUUACACAGCAGCACCAGCAGCAGCGGCGGUAGUGGUGCAGCUGCAGGUGCCGGUGGUGUCGCUGGCGGUGUUGGUGCGGGGGCAUUGGGGCUGGGGGGUGCUAUUAGCAAUCCCUCGGGUCCCGCAUCGCCAACGCCGUCCGUGAUUGAGGAGCAACAGCAACAGUCGUCUCAUCAUCAUCAUCAUCAGCAUCAUCAUGUUCAUCAGCAUCAUCAGUCGCAGCAAACGCAGGAGCCGCAUCGGCACCAUCUACACCAACAACAGCAGCAGCAGCAACAACAACAAACCCAAGAGCAACAACAACAACAACAGCAGCAGCAGCAGAAACUACAACAACAACAACAUGAUGCCGCUGUUGCUGACGCUGUCGUCGCAGCCGAACAGCGACGUCUGCUUGAAGUUGAGAUCGAUAACCUCAAGCUGGAGCAGACGCGCAUGGCGAUGCAAUGCGCUGACGCACAACGUCGCGAGAAGAUACUCAUGCGCCGGCUGGCCAACAAGGAGCAGGAGUUUCAGGAUUAUGUGAGCCAAAUUGCUGAGUAUAAGGCACAACAGGCGCCGACGGCAUUAGCCUUACGCACUGCUCUACUCGAUCCGGCUGUCAAUUUGCUCUUUGAGCGUCUCAAGAAGGAGCUGAAGGCCACCAAGGCCAAGCUCGAGGAGACACAGAAUGAACUAUCCGCCUGGAAAUUUACGCCCGACUCAAAUACGGGCAAACGUCUGAUGGCCAAGUGCCGGCUAUUGUAUCAGGAGAACGAGGAGCUGGGCAAGAUGACAUCGAACGGACGGCUGGCAAAGCUUGAAACUGAAUUGGCCAUGCAAAAGAGCUUCAGCGAGGAGGUCAAGAAAUCUCAAUCAGAGCUAGAUGACUUUUUGCAGGAGUUGGAUGAGGAUGUGGAGGGCAUGCAGAGCACCAUAUUGUUCUUGCAACAGGAAUUAAAAACAACACGCGACCGCAUACAGACUCUGGAAAAGGAAAAUAUCCAACUCAAGCAAGCACAUAACAACAGCAGCAACAAUAUCAGCAGUCAAAAGGAAAUCUGCAAAAAUGUGGCAACAACUGUGAAGGCGGCAACAAAUGGUAAAACCAGCAAUAACAAUGCGAAUAUCAACAACCAGUUGCAACCCCCCAUCAGCAGCAGCAGCAAAUUGGAAACCAUUGUUGAGAAUGCCUGCCUGGAAACAACAAGCAACAACGCAACCGCGCCAACAACACAACACACGGCUGCUGAUUACUACAAUGGCAACAACAAUGAACAUAAGGCGGUCGUUAUAGAACAGAUCAUCUUGACGCCAAUUGAUGAUAUAAGCAAAAAUGGAGGUGCUGCUGCACGAUUGGCCCGGAAGCGCAACUACGAGGAGGAGAGCGUCCCAAUUGCAUGCAAUGUCCAGGAGUUGACGCCAGUUGUGCCCGUAUUGCGUGAGAUAAGCGCACCACGAACGUUGCCACCGAAAAAAUCUAAAUUGCGAGGCAUUGCCACCAGACGCAGUUCACAGCUGGAGGAGGAAAUAAAUCUGGGUCUAAUACCAGUGACAACGCCGCAGGUAAUGGACAAUACGGUAACUGGCAUGGUCAGCAGCGAGGAAUCAAUUGCAGCAGCAACAGCAGCAACGGCCGCAGCAGUUACAGCUAAUGUAAUCGAUCCGGCGGUGGUUGCAGCACCACAAGUAGUGGAGGACAACACAAUCGAUGCGGCUGCGGCACCAGCAGUAGCAGCAACAUCAGCGGGCGGCGCCCCGGCGCGCAUUUUGACGCGACGUCGAUCCGUGCGCAUGCAACAGAAUGGAGGCAACGGCAUUGACUACUGAACACCCGAUCGGAAUUCUUAAAGAGGAAACCUUUUAAUGGAAGAUUCAAUAUUAUGAUUUUAUCAUAUAUAUCUGUACAUGCAUAAUACUAAUCGUUAAUUAUUGACGUUCAUUUUCUGAAUUGAGAUUCAACAGAGACUUGCGGCUUAUUAUAUAUACAUAUAUAAUAUUUUUAUUCAUUUUACACGUUUGUACUGUAAAAUACGUUAGUUUUUGUUAAAGCCCCCCGUGCAUGCAGCAUAUACACACUAUAUAUACAUUAAAUAAUUAUCUCUAGUAGAAGUCACUGAUUUGCAAUAAUAUAUAUAUAUAUAUAUAUAUAUUUGUGAACCAUUUUAACAACUAUGUAAGAGAUAACACAAAUUUCAUCCAACUUAUAUGAUACAAUUGAUACAUAUAUUUUAAAUGGCAGUUGAAAAGCUACAAAGUUUGAACUCUAAAUCGUCGUCUAGCUAAAUUAGCGUUUAAUUAAUAAUUUAAGGCAUUUUUUGUAAUAUGAAAGAAAGUUGUAUAAAAUAAUAUAACUAAUGUUAAAAUAAAUUUUUAAGUGUAA